UGUCUUCCAGAAAAAACAUGUCCUAUAGGAUGGAGUAAGUUCAUCCAUAACUGCUAUCUCCUCUCUGAAAGAUCUGAUUCCUGGAAUGAAGCCAGAAGGGACUGCAGAGCCAGAGGAGGAGAUCUGGUGGUUAUUGACAGCCCUGAAGAACAGACCUUUCUCUCUACGAUCACCAAAAAAAAUGCUUGGAUUGGUUUAAAUGACGAAGAACAGGAGGGAACAUGGAAAUGGGUAGAUGGAACUCCACUGACUCUGGCGUACUGGGCAACAACACAACCUGAUAAUGGUGGAAAACAGGACUGUGCUUAUGUCACAAAGGAUGGGAGAAGGUCUUGGGAUGAUGGUUGGUGUUUGACAGAUAAUCAUCAAUGGAUCUGCGAAAAAACACCAAACCCAAAUAAAAAAUGUCCUGUAGGAUGGAGCUUCAACCAUAGCUGCUAUCUCCUCUCAGGAAGAUCUGGUUCCUGGGAUGAAGCCAGAAUGGACUGCAUAAACAGUGGAGCAGAUCUGCUGGUUAUUAACAGCCCUGAAGAACAGAACUUCCUCUCUACGAUCACCAGAGAAGUUUGGAUUGGUUUGAAUGACGAAGAACAGGAGGGAAUGUGGAAAUGGGUAGAUGGGACUCCACUGACUCUGACGUACUGGGGAGGAGAUCAGCCUGAUAAUGGUGGAGAAGAGGACUGUGUUCAUCUCGGAGGGGAUAAACAAAAAUCUUGGAAUGAUCUUUGGUGUUUAUCUUCUUAUCAAUGGAUCUGUGAAAAAGUUCCAUAAAACAACUGAUUUCAGAAAGAUGAUCUAUUCAUAAAUGUUUUGCAGUUUUAUCUUUGACUACAAUAAAUACAAUUCUGUAUUUCAAUUUUAGCCUAAAAUGACUAGGUAUUUGGUUCCUUGGUGUGGUCUUUGUUGUUGCUUUUUUAAUAUAUAUGUUAUGUAUUUUUGCCGCCAUGAGGCAAACUUAAAAUCCUUUGAUUUUCUCAAAAAUCGACAGUGCAUCUUAUAAUCCGUUUUGCCUUAUGUAUGAAUUCUGGUUGUGCUUAUGUAACAGGGUCAUAAAUCACAUUGUUAUAAUUACACAAAAUGUGUUCUAAACCCCCAAACAGCUCCUUUUAUACCUGACUUUUAGGACCUCCAAGCCUGUAGUUAUGUUCAUUAUCAGUUAGAGCCCCUCCUUAUUCUUUUCUUCUUCUUCUUUGGUGCAAUCCUAUAAAUACAGUGUACCCCUUUUGCCUCUCCUCUUUUCUACAAUUCCCCUGUGGGAGAGGUGGGUGUCAUUUCUUUCCAACACCUUAAAACACACAUAAUUCAUAUUUAGCCACCCUGAUGUUUAUGAUUGCGAUUUUAGUUCAAUUAUUGUCAUUAUUAAGCCUGUUUUUGUUAGAUGUUAUAAGUGUGUAGUAUGUGUGUAUCAUAAAUGUGUUUUAGGCGCCAUAAAUGCUAGCAUGAAUAUAUACUCCUUGCUAGCUUGAAAGUUGUGGUGGGUUGAGCUAACCCUCUUCCCCACUGUUUGUAUUUGGUCGUAGGAGCUGGAGUGGGCAAAUUAUUUACUUGGAGGUCUUUCUUUCUUUUACCUUUUUUUUAUCAGGUAUGUCGGAUUUCAUGUUGUUGUUUUGUUUUAUCUUAUGUCAAAUAUGGUACGUGUUAAUGCAUACUUUAUGUUUAAUGUAAAAAUAAAUGCCACCCUUUUCUACAAUUCCCCUGUGGGAGAGGAGCUGGAGUGGGCAAAUUAUUUACUUGGAGGUCUUUCUUUCUUUUACCUUUUUUAUCAGACACAAUGCAGAAUCACACCGGUU